CGGGAAUUUCGUACCGUGUACGAAUUAGGAACCAGAAAUGUCUCAAGCCACAUACGUAAAUGGAAUCCUUCAACGUAGAUGCACGUGACUCGAAAUAUAUUACCGUAUCGGGGCGUUGAUGUACAUGAAGUGCAUAUCACGUCACUAGCGAUCUAGCCCACGUAUACAUACAUAAUAUAUCCUAGCUAAUGAAUAAAUGAACGAGUUAUAGGAAAAGGUGUGGAGAGAGAGCAUCCACGAUGAACUCCCUAGUCGGUAAGCGGUGCACCAUAACGGGCGGCAGCCGAGGCAUCGGACUAGCCAUCGCCCGGCUCUUCGCCGCCGAGGGAGCAGCAUGUACUCUCAUCGGACGGAACAUGGAGAGCCUCACUAGCGCCAAGGAGUCAUUAGAGCAGAACCAUGAUACUCAGAUUCACGACAUAGCAUCGUUUGACGUUUCGUUGGUAAAUGGUUGGGAGAAGUUGAUGGCCGACACAAAAAAAGAAAAUAUCGAUAUUCUAGUCAAUGCGGCGGGUAUCUCGCAAAACUCUUUCUUGUUCAAGACUUCAACCCCAGAUAUAGACAAGCUCGUCGCUACUAAUCUCAUGGGUACUAUAUGGGGUUGCAAAAACAUCGUACCUAGGAUGAUGAGACAACGAAACGGCUGUAUCAUCAAUGUGUCUAGUCUCUUAGCCAGUCACGGGGGACGAGGAUCAACCGUCUACGCAGCAUCAAAAGCUGGUGUCGUUGGUCUAACGCGGGCGAUGGCCUGGGAGGUGGGUAGAUUUGGCAUUCGUGCGAAUGUCCUCCUUCCUGGAUAUAUCCAGACCGAUAUGACGAAAGGCAUGGAUGAAAACGGCGAGCUUUCGGCCUUAAUCCCAAUGGGGCGCCUAGGAUUGGCCGAAGAGGUGGCGGAAGCCGCAUUAUUCCUAGCCAAAUCUUCCUACGCACAUAACUGCGUCCUCAACAUUGAUGGAGGUCUGAGUGCGACGUAGGCUAUGCAUAAUUUACUCGAACAGGGGUAAUAAGCGUUCAGUCGUCGAGAAUCUCGAUAGCUCCGGUGCCAACGUCAUCAUCAAUGACGACCACGUCGUCGUGGUUGCCAUUCUUGGCCUUUUUGGCCGUUGAUGACCCUCCAUCAUCUGCUCUUAGACGCUUCUUGGGGUCUUUUGCUGAUAUCUCUCCGUCAGCAGAGCGUUUGCCAUUAGUCUGACUAACCCCGUUGCUCUCUACAGGCAAAGCCUUCUUCGGCUUGCGAGGGAUAGUCGGGACUUGGUCUUCC